CUCCCAUAAAGUAUUCCUCUAAAACCUCCCAAAACAAUUCUCUUUUUCUUUUUUCCUCUCUCUCUCUCUCUCUCUCUCUCUGCAUAUGUACUACAAAGUUGUGACAUUUAUUUUUGUUUACUCCAAUAUUUGGCAAUGGCGAUUGCCCCAUCAAGCUUAAAGUUGACACCUUUGGGCAUAUUUUUGGUGCUAUUUCUGAUGUUUUCUUCUCUGACAUCAAAAACAGAAGCUUACGAUUCGCUUGAUCCGAACGGUAACAUUACGAUCAAAUGGGAUAUCAUGCAGUGGACCGCAGAUGGAUAUGUUGCAGUUGUUACCAUGUACAAUUACCAGCAAUACCGUCACAUCCAAGCCCCCGGUUGGAUUCUUGGAUGGACGUGGGCGAAGAAAGAAAUAAUUUGGUCUAUGGUCGGAGGGCAAGCGACGGAGCAAGGCGACUGCUCGAAGUUCAAAGGGAGCAUCCCGCAUUGCUGCAAGAGGGACACCACAAUCGUCGACCUCUUGCCCGGAACCCCUUACAACAUGCAGAUCGCCAAUUGCUGCCGAGGAGGAGUGAUCAGUUCCUGGGUCCAAGACCCGGCCACUGCCGCGAGCUCGUUCCAGCUCAUUGUGGGUCAGGCAGGGACCACUAAUAAGACUGUCCGUGUGCCCAAGAACUUCACAUUGAGAGCUCCGGGGCCGGGGUACACUUGCGGUGCUGCGAAGGUCGUGAAGCCGAGCAAAUUUGUUUCGCCGGACGGGAGGAGGACCACACAAGCCCUAAUGACGUGGAACGUAACAUGUACGUAUUCCCAGUUUCUUGCUCAAAGGACUCCUACGUGUUGCGUAUCGCUUUCAUCUUUCUACAACGACACGAUAGUUGCUUGCCCGACGUGCGCGUGCGGCUGCCAAAAUAACAAUACGCAGCCCGGAAGCUGUGUGGAAGGCGAUUCGCCUUAUUUAGCUUCGGCUAUCAAUGGUCCGGGGAAGAGCACCCUCGCUCCUCUAGUCCAGUGCACAUCGCAUAUGUGCCCGAUAAGAGUGCACUGGCAUGUCAAGCUCAACUACAAAGAGUAUUGGCGGGUGAAGAUUGCAGUAACCAACUUCAAUUACAGGAUGAACUACACGCAGUGGAACUUAGUCGUCCAACAUCCUAAUUUCGACAACCUCACCACCGUUUUCAGCUUCAACCAUAAGACGUUGAACCCUUACGGAACUAUAAAUGAUACGGCGAUGCUCUGGGGCAUUAAGUACUACAACGACUUACUCAUGGUGGCUGGGCCGUACGGAAAUGUGCAAUCGGAGCUUCUAUUCCGAAAGGACUUCUCGACGUUCACUUUCCAAAAGGGCUGGGCUUUUCCGAGGCGUGUGUACUUCAAUGGAGAUAGCUGCGUCAUGCCCCCGCCCGAUUCAUAUCCGUGGCUACCAAAUACGGCCUCUAAGUCGAUAAGCCCUUUCUCCCUUCAGACUCUCACCUUUUGGGCAGUUUUAACAUGCUUGCUGAUUUGUGUCUAGUGAAGAACUUAAAUACAUAACAUGAAAAAGAAUUUCAGUUAAUUAUAGUAUUUACACCGAUUGACGAGAUCUUCGGGAAAUUGGGAGGG